AAAAAAAAGUGUCAUAACGAACGGACUCGACACCCAUUCCCCGACUGGAAAGGAAGAUGUCAGCGAUGGAGGUCGAUCCACAGGAAGAAGAGGUCGAGGUACCUUCCUCAAGCACAUCCAAAGCCGACAAGAAGAGAUUCGAAGUGAAAAAGUGGAAUGCAGUAGCUUUAUGGGCAUGGGACAUUGUCGUAGACAACUGUGCCAUUUGUCGUAAUCAUAUCAUGGAUUUAUGUAUUGAAUGCCAGGCAAAUCAAGCCUCUGUUACAUCAGAAGAGUGCACUGUUGCCUGGGGGGUGUGUAAUCAUGCAUUUCACUUCCAUUGCAUUUCGAGGUGGCUGAAAACACGUCAAGUAUGUCCACUAGAUAACCGAGAAUGGGAAUUCCAGAAGUAUGGCCAUUAAGCAGAACCAGGUGUUAGAAGAAAUCGCAUUACUAUUUUGCCCGGAUCUUGUCACAGCUCAUCUAUUACUGAGGUUCCUUCUACUUAGUGUGCUCUCACUAUAGAUUUCAAUUUUUUGUUUUUCAUGUGUUUGAUCUGCCUAUAAAUAAAAGUUGAAUUAAGUAUUUUAUA